ACAUGACCAUCCCUGUAUUUUUUAAAUGUCAAACUGACGUUUAGUUUGAUAGAUGAAGAUUAGAAUUUAUUAAUUUCACCGGCUAGUUUUAGAGAGGACAUGUUAACAUUUACAAAUUGUUAUAAAUUCUUGUUUAUUUAAAUUAACUAUGGCUCAUAAGGCUAUCGAAAUUUUGUCACCACUUAUAUUCUUUGCUGCUUCAAUUCCAAUAUUUAAUAAGCUAUAUGGCACAACACAGUCGGUUAUUGACGAAGAGUUUCAUCUUCGGCAAGGAUUGCAUUAUUGUCACAAACGCUUUUCAGAGUGGGAUCCAAAGAUAACUACAUUCCCUGGACUGUACAUAGCUUCGAUCAUAGUUAUUCCGUUCGAUAUGUGCAACGUUUAUGGUUUACGAUUGGUGUCAUUGCUGGCAUCUACUUGCAAUGUUUACCUUAUUUUUAAAAUACGAGAGCGUGCGACGCCGUUGCAACGAAAUUCUCUAGUCCUGGCUAUUGAGUCAAUGUCGAUUUCACUAUUGCCUCCCUUGUACUUCUUUAGCCACCUUUACUACACUGACGUGCUAUCUAUGACCUUCUUCCUCGCCAUGUACUAUUAUUGGAGCAAACGUUCUCACGGAAUAUCUGCAAUUUUUGGCGCUUUCAGUGUUCUUGUACGACAGACAAACAUUGUGUGGGUGGUAUUGUUACUGGGCGUUUGCUUCUUGGAUGAGCUCAUCGAGAUGUACGCUUACCGCAAAGGAAUAAAAAGGAAAUCUACAAUUUCUUUGUGUAGUGUGAAGACUAUAGCCAGUAUCGCGAGUUCUUGGGGAGUUGUUCUACAAAGCAUCGUUAACACCCUGAAGCUAUUCUAUGGAUACAUCACGGUCAUGGUCGUUUUCGUAGCAUUUGUGGUUUCCAAUGGUUCGAUAGUCGUUGGGGAUAAAAGUGCACAUGAAGCCACUCUGCAUGUUCCUCAGAUCUUUUACUUUGGACUUUUCACGCUAAUCUUUGGAGCACCAGUUUUGUUUGAAAAAGCAAGAGAAACUCUGAGAACACUGACAAAGUCAAAGAAAUUCUAUGCUGCUAGCUUAAUUAUAUUUCUGAUUGUUGUUCGCUACAAUACAAUGGCUCAUCCCUACCUGCUUGCCGAUAAUCGACAUUAUACUUUUUACAUUUGGAAUCGUUUUUAUGGAAAAUACGAAUGGUUUAGAUUUGUUAUAGUUCCUCUCUACGUGCUUGCUUUGAAAGUAAUUCAAUUAUCUAUGGCACAUUUAUCAAGCGGUUUUCAACUCAUGUUUUGGGUAUCAUGUUUCACUGCUCUUUGUUGCCAAAAACUGCUGGAGGUUCGGUAUUUCCUCAUACCGUUUAUGAUUUUAAGGUUAAAUUUAAAAAUCCGAAACCGAAGAUAUAUCAUUUUUGAAUUAGUGUGGAACUUAUCAAUUAACAUCUUAACGUUUAUGAUUUUUUUCAAAAAGGAAAUUUACUGGUCGAAUUACAGCGAGCCUCAACGUAUAAUAUGGUAGAUAGAAAUUUAUUAUAAUAAAGUUCGGAAAGAAAUGUUUCAUGA